AUGAGAUUAAUUGCUAAUAUCCUCUCUAUCCAUUUUCCAGAAUGUAUUAUAUUAAACUCUUAAUCUAAUCAAUAUGAUACUAACGGAGAUAUUAAUUAAAUGGGUAAAAAGUUAGCCUAAGAAAUAAGAUAAUUUAUAGAAUCUUAAUUUAUAUUUUAUAAUAAAUAAUUAAAAAGGCUAAGCUUUAUUGGACAUUCUCUUGGAGGCGUAUUAAUUAGAGCUGCAUUAGUUUAUUUACAAGACUUAUCACAAUAUUUUUAUAUUUUUAUAACACUUUCUUCUCCACAUUUAGGAUUUUAGUUUAGUUAAAGUAAAUUAAUUGAUGCAGGAUUAUGGGUAUUAAAAAUAGUGAAAAAAGCACUUUCAUUAAAAUAAUUAUCUAUGACAGAUUAAACUAAUAUAUACGAUACCUUUAUUUAUUAGUUAUCAUGCUAAAAUACUAUUAGUUAAUUCUAACAUAUAAUUUUAGUUAGUUCUCCUUAAGAUUUAUAUGUACCAUAUUAUUCAGCUAGAAUGUAAUAUGUUGAAAAAUAAGAAGAAGAUUAAAAUCAAUAAAAAAUAUCUUUGUAAAUGUUAAAUAAUAUUUUCAAAAAUGUUUAAGUUUAAAGAAUACAUAGAAUUGAUGUUUCUUUCACUAUUUUAGGAAAAAAUAUUGAUAACUAUAUUGGUAAAACUGCUCAUAUUAUGUUUUUAGAUAAUUAAGAAUACUUAAAUAUAAUUUUUUCUCAUUUUAAAGAAUUAUUUAGUUGA